UGUUUACAUAACAUUCACUACGGCUGGCAGACAAGAAGACAUGUUUUAUUUUAAAAGCAUAUCCGAGUUGUAUUUUGUGAGGUGGCGUGCGAUUUGGGCGAAUGCGAGAAAUGGCGGACGGGCCGACGCUUGAGAUGGUCGAGAUUGGGCGAUUUUAAUGUAAGAAACGAGUGCGCGGGUUACAAUUAAACUAAACAAAGAACAUUUAUAUUCGUCAGUGGGCGCGCGCGGGGCGGUGAUAAAAAGCGCACACGAUAGUUGCGAGCGCGUCCGGCUCCGGCCGAUGGCAACCGAACUCGGUGCGGCGCAGCAGAUCAGAACGCCGAACGCAGCGACGGCGAGCAAGACCCAUGCGUACAACGCCGCCGAACGCCGCGAAUGUGCCCCGUGUGGUGUAGAAGCGAGUGUGGACCGUUCCGUGUUGAGUGUGCUGCUCUGCCAGCGCCAGCCAUCCCGUUCAGUGAGUGAUAAUGUCGGCGACGAAUCGCCGUCGCAACGCCGCCAGCGCCUAGCUCCUUCGCUCGUCGCUCACUAAACCGCCGGAGAGCGCACCAGCUAGCGUUAUUAUCCGCGUUAUCUCUCGCGGUGUGCACGCACGGGAGGCAUCUUUUUUUGUUUUUGUUAUCGCUUUGUGUGCCGUGUGCGUGCGUCUCCGCGGUGGCUGUGUGCGUGCGGCGCGACUCGCCAUCCAGUGCCUCCUACGUGCGGGCGCGUGUGCGUCGUGCUCCGUCCACCGAAAAUGUGCAGCACCAACGCCGUCGUCGGCGCGGUGGUGCCGCCGACGUUCUACGACGUCUGCCGUCUUUGUCUGUCGGUGCCCGCCGCCGACGACGCCGCGGCCGCGCCGAGGAUAUCGGUGUUUGCCGUCGACGAUGCGGCCGCGGCGGCUCACCACACGACGCCGAAGGUGCCAAUCUCCAAGAAGAUCAUGACGUGUCUGUCUAUUAUGGUUUCCGAACGUGACCAGUUACCUCAUGUCGUGUGCACGGAGUGCUACGAAAAAUUAGACGCGUUCUAUGACUUCAAAGAGAGGGCUAGUCGGGUGGACGAGGAGCUUGUUGCGUACAUCACACAGACACGUACUUGCACUGGAACGCAACAGGAAAAACUCAAGCAAUCAACGAUAUUAUUAGACGAAAUGCUAACGCGGCGAAAAUCUCCCAAGAAUCUCAAGGCGCAAACACAACCUUCAACUCAAUCAGAAACGAUAACAGUCGAGCCGGACAUCAAAUGCGAGCCGGUGGAUUACUACGACGAGGAGACCGACUCGAACGCAAUGGACGCGUCUUCCGUGCGAGAUCCUGGCGACUCGCGCCCUGCCACACCCUCGGAGCCGGCGGAUUUGUCGAGCCGCCGGCCGGAGAACCUCACCUGCGUGCCGGAGCUGCCGGAUUUCAUUAAAGACGAUGAUGCUGCGUCGGAUUACAGUAACAGUUCGGAUCCCGAGCGUCUGGAGGUGGAUAUGUCGCAGGGAAUGGAAGAGCAUUCGAAUUCGACCACAACCUCGGCGCCUUCACCCACCGUCGACCAGCAUCAUCCGUACCUGCAGAAUCUGCAUCAUCAUGCCGAGCAACACGACACAUUAUGGCGUGCGCUGUCACAGAAUGGCCGCGCGACUGGUCCGUUAUCGGGUGAGGCCAGUCAUUUGCUGCGCAAGUUGAUAACGUGCAAGAAACUGGGCAUGACUAUCACGCCAGCGCCGCCUUUUAAGAAUGCAGAGAAUGUCACCAAGGGGCCGACGAAGGAGAGCAAACCGAAGCACGGCGGGCGUCGGAAACAGACCUAUCCGACGAAGAUGGAGCCGGAGGAUGCUAAUUCCAGCCCUGCUAAUGAGAACGACGUGGAUGGGGAGUACGUGAAUGACUUUACCGGUAACAGCUCGUGGUGCAACAAUCUGCAGUUGGUGAAGAACGCAAAAGGAGGUGCGGGUAUGGCGCGACGGGUUGAUUUGGCGUGCACGAAUUGUGGGACGCAGACGACGACCAUCUGGCGACGCAACGUCAAGAACGAGAUGGUCUGCAACGCAUGUGGACUUUACUAUAAACUGCACGGCGUCGACAGGCCGCACACGAUGCGUCGCGACACGAUACACACUCGGCGUCGUCGACCCAAAGAUCAGGCGACUGAGAAACGUUCACGAAAAUCCAACAAUGCCAAUAACAACACGCCUGAAAUACCCGACUCGGAAGACGUGCUGCGUGCCUUGCGAAAACAGCUUCAACCCCAUUUGGUGAUGGCGUUGACGGGACAAAAGUCCCUGUCACAGCGUCUAUGCAUCAGGGUGUUGAGGAUUAUCAAAAGUCGUUAUCAAACCACCAGUCUCCGUCGCAGUCGACGCAGGAAGGUGAAUCCGAGGACGAGAAUUACCGCGACCUGCCGCUGAAUCUCGUCGCGACGCAGAUGACCGAGACCGAAUCGCAUUGAUGCCGAUCUGCCGCGGUCCCGCUGCUUACCCACUCAUCAACUCGACUCGCCUCUGCACCCCUCACCCGUCGUUCAGUGCGGCACCAAGCAAUACUAGUUCGAACUCUUCAUGCCUGAGAAGUGUGGCCGAGGCGACACGCACUUUUAGUGAUAUUACCGACGACAUUAAACCUCUCGACGAAUCUCUACCGCAAGCGCAGCUCUCUAUUUUGUUGGAAGUCGGAGGCGGUACGGCGCACGACACGUGUGGGCAACACAGCAAAACCGCUCGUACUUACGCCGGAACGAACAAAAAUCGUAACUUAAAAUACUCAUACACUUGAUGAUACAGUUAAUUCGUUGCAGCGCGACGUAAACAAAAACAAGAAAAAAAACCGG